AUGGCUGAAAGGUCGGGGGGUCUCCAUGCAUCCUGUGGAGUGGGUGAUGCUCUUGGAGUGUUGCUGUGGUCCCCGAGGGAGUCUGAGUUGAGCUUCUCUCAUGCCGGUCAUAUGCUGUCAGGCCACGCUGAAACCAAGUCUGAGUUACUGGGGGUCAUCGCUAUGUUCCGAUGGCCCGGCUGUGUGGAGGCCGCGGUGGAGCCCCCUCCAAGGAGCCAGGGCCCUGGGUCGAGCCGUGACCAGAACGCAUGCCCCGGAGGAGCCGAGGAGGUGCUGCUGCUGGCCCGGCGGACGGACCUACGGAGGAUCUCGCUGGACACGCCGGACUUCACCGACAUUGUGCUGCAGGUGGAUGACAUCCGGCAUGCCAUUGCCAUCGACUACGACCCGCUGGAGGGCUACGUCUACUGGACGGAUGACGAGGUGCGGGCCAUCCGCAGGGCGUACCUGGAUGGGUCUGGGGCGCAGACGCUGGUCAACACCGAGAUCAAUGACCCCGAUGGCAUCGCAGUUGACUGGGUGGCCCGAAACCUCUACUGGACCGACACGGGCACGGACCGCAUCGAGGUGACACGCCUUAACGGCACCUCCCGCAAGAUCCUGGUAUCAGAGGACCUGGACGAGCCCCGAGCCAUUGCACUGCACCCCGUGAUGGGCCUCAUGUACUGGACAGACUGGGGAGAGAACCCUAAAAUCGAGUGUGCCAAUCUGGACGGGCAGGAGCGGCGUGUGCUGGUCAAUGCCUCCCUUGGGUGGCCCAACGGCCUGGCCCUGGACCUGCAGGAGGGGAAGCUCUACUGGGGAGACGCCAAGACAGACAAGAUUGAGGUGAUCAAUGUCGAUGGGACGAAGAGGCGGACCCUCCUGGAGGACAAGCUCCCGCACAUUUUCGGGUUCACGCUGCUGGGGGAUUUUAUCUACUGGACUGACUGGCAGCGCCGCAGCAUUGAGCGGGUGCACAAGGUCAAGGCCAGCCGGGACGUCAUCAUUGACCAGCUGCCCGACCUGAUGGGGCUCAAAGCCGUGAAUGUGGCCAAGGUCGUCGGUGAGUCCAGAGGGGCGCAAGCCAUGGCUCAGCCAUGCAGACUUCCAUGAGGAGGAAGUGACGGGUCCAAGCGUGGGCAUAAGUGUUGAGCUGAGGUGCCCCGCCCUGGGGAAGGGCAGGACAGGAAAGGUGACAGUAUCUGGGCAAGGACAGAUGGGAAGGGACCAAGAAUGUUGAUUAGGGAGUGGUUAUGGACUAGGAAUGUCGGGAACAAUGGUUAGAAAGUGACUAACAUUUGUCCCGUGCUAUGUGCCCGGCCCUGGCCGGGAGCCUUUGUGCCCAGAGUGACCCUGUCUGCGAAUGUAGUUCCGUGCCUUACUUACACUGGGGAGUGGGAGGCAGAGCUGUGCAACUCACAGGUGCCGGGCUCAGGACUCACUGCUGGGUCUGCCUGGGCUGGGCUGUGCUUGUUGCCCCUGUGGCCAAUGCACACGUACCUUUCACCUGAAAGCCAGGAUCCGCAGUACGCUCCCCGAGGGG